GGAAACAGUUCAAUAUAGAAGGCAGACGAUGGCAUCUACAAUUUUAAUGUGUGAUCCCUGUUCUAGACAUAACAAAUCAUCUAAUGGAAUAAAGUAUUGUACAGAUUGUGAAGACUCUUUAUGUACCGAGUGUACUUCUAUGCACUGUGCUGUUCAACGUAUUUCUCUUCACCACUUGGUUGAUGUGUCUGUCAUAGCUGGGAAUGCGUUCAACAUCAAGAAGAACUGCAUUGAACAUGAAGACUUGUCUAAUGAGUUUUACUGUUCCGACCAUAACUGUCUGGUAUGUCAAAUAUGCAUUGACAACAAUCAUCGUAACUGUGGUAAAAUUCAAACAAUAGAUAUCCCUGCUAAAGGAUGUAGAUCCUCAUUAAUGUUAGAAGAUGUUACAAAAGACAUUGCAUCGUUACUCAAAUCGACAAAGGAGUUGGUAGAAGAAAGUCAAAAGAAUAAGACACGUGUAGGGCAAAUUAAGGCAAAAGUUUUAAAAGAAAUAGCAAAGUUCAGACACGAUAUCAAUGAUCACAUUGAUCAACUGGAAAGGAAACUUUUCUCUGAAGUGGAUAUCAUAGACAAAAAGAUAUGCAAAAAGGUAGGCAAUGCUCUCUGUGAGGCGAACGAGAGGCAAAAUUUUGUUGAAAAUGUAUGGCAGCAAGUGGAUUUUUAUACUAAACAUGGUUCAGAAAGUCAGUUAUUCAUCCUUUUAAAUACACUUAAGUCGGAUAUCUCAAGACAAGCACAAGGUCUUCAAAACUUGAUUCCAUGUUUGGAAUCGAACAAUAUCAGUUUCGAACCGUCGGAUAUGAUUGCAGUAAUAAAAUCUCUUGGGUCCGUAAAAGAAAUUUCUACCCCAAGUGCAGUGACUUCUAAACAUUAUGGACAAGUACAAGCACCAAUAGAAGACAAUCGUCAAAAGAUGUCGACACAGUUUGGGUUCGAAAAGAAAGUUAAUAUACCAUCAGGAAGAAUCACCGGCAUGGCAAUAACUAACGAUAAUAGGUUAAUCCUCUGCAAUGAUAUUACCGAUGAAAAUAACAUUUCAGCAUGGACAGAAACAGGACAACACCUGCAAUCUUUAACCAUUCCUGAUCGAAGAGUAUUCGCCAUAGCUAUCAUACCAGGAACAGAUGAAGCGAUGAUAACGUUGCCUGGAGAUGGAUUAAUUCAGUUUAUCAACAUCAACAGUUUUACAGAAGGAAAAGAAAUACAGUUGUCAGUAGUAUCUCCGCAUGGUAUUGCAGUUAUAAGAGACAAUUUGAUUGUCGGUUCCAAAGAUGGAAAAGUUUCUUUCAUUGACAGAACAAGUGGAAAGUGUCAGAAGAUUCUGAAAGUUUGUAAAGGUGUAUUAACGGCACUCGUUCCUGAUGUGGGCGAUCAAGAAGAUGAACGAUUAUAUUGCUGUGAACAUAAUGGUGGGAACGCUGUUAUUUGUUUAAUAUUGGAUGGAACACGUAUUUUCUCUUGCGUUAUGAAAGAACCAGUAGCUUUAGCAUUAGAUUCUAAGGGAUAUGCUUAUGUGACAGAAUAUAACUGUCAUAAUUUACAUCGUCUAUCUUCAAAUGGGGAAGUAGAUGAUAUACUUCUGAAGGAGACAGACGGGUUACAUUGCCCAUUAGCCGUUGUUUUCAACAAAACCUACAGCAAAAUGUAUAUUUCAAAUUUUUGGAUCUAUUAGCAAUUUCAAGAUAUUCAAUUCUAACUGAACAGACAUUUCAAUUCAGAUGAAAACCAUUAGGGACAUCAUUACACGUAUUUCUUUUAAUUAUUCCUUAGAAUAGAAUUUAUUAAUAAUAGUAACAGUGACAAGAAAACCAAUAAUGAAAAUUAUACGUUUGUUAUUUGUACUUGCUUGCUAUCAAUCGUUCAAUUUCUGUACGGUACAAUGUUGAGCAUAACAUUCUUUGGUAUUUGAAUAAGCUGAGGAGAUUUAUUCCUUUCUACACGGACGAUUUCUGCGGUCGGUUUAUAUAUAUAUAAGUUUGCAUAUUUGACGUUUGAUUGAAGAGAGUUGAGACAAAGAAGUUAGUCCUGUUUACUUUUUCUCAACCGACCGUCCAUACCGCUACCCAUCCUUCACAUAUACCCUAUCCAUGUCUCGGAUAAAUCUAUGUUUUAGAUUUCGGAUUAUUUGUAUUUGAUACACCGAAUUUGUACUUACCAUGUGAACUGAGCAACAUGACGUGUGCCACUAGUGGAGAAGGAUAUGCUUACCCUUCUAGAGCAUCUGAGACCACCCCAUUUUUAGCUCACCUGGCCCGAAGGGCCAAGGGAGCUUUUCUCAUCACUUGGCGUCCGUCGUCGUCGUCGUUAGCUUUUACAAAAAUCUUCUCUGAAACCACUGGGCCAAAUUUAACCAAACUUGGCCACAAUCAUCAUUAGGGUAUCUAGUUUUAAAAAUGUGUCCGAUGACCCCGUCAACCAACCAAGAUGGCCGCCAUU